GAUGAAUAAAACACUCUAGGUAAAAGUUUUGAUAGCAUAAAUAAAUAAUAAUUAUGAUUUCAAGGCUAACAUAAAUCGAAUCAAUAUAUCCUUAUAAAAGUACUCAUCUAAAGAUGAAAUUGAUAUUUUAGUUUUCCCUGAAAUGGCUUUAAUAGGGUAUAAUAUUAAUAGAAUAUAUUAGAUACUAUUAUCCUGAUAAAAAUGCUAUAAAACCAUACUUAGAAUAAUAUGCAAAAGGACCUACUUAUGAAUUUUGCAAAUAAUUAGCUUUAAAGUUAAAAUGCUAUGUUGCUUGUGGGUAUGCAGAAAUUGAUGGGGAUAAAUUAUAUAAUUCAGCAGUUGUUGUUAAUAGAGAGGGAGAAGCUGUAUUAAAUGUAAGAAAGAAACAUUUAUUUGAAACUGAUAAAACUUGGGCAGAUGAAGGUUAAGAAUUUAAAUGUUUAGAAAUUAAAACAACAAAAAAUUAAAAAAUAAAGUUUGCAUUUGGAAUAUGUAUGGAUAUAAAUCCAUGGGAAUUCAAAGAUAAUAGUAAAUUUGAAUUAGCAGAUUUUUGUAUACAGAAUUAAGUAGAUGGUUUAAUAUUUAUGGCUGCAUGGAAUGUAAAUAUAUAUGAUUCUAUAUUUUAAGGAUCAUGAACCUGAUAAUAAUGACAAUAGUGGAAUAUUGGAUUAUUGGGUUUGGAGACUUAAACCUAUUAGAGAUGGUAAAUCUAAUAAUUAUCAUAAAUAAUUUCUUUUCGUUUGUUCAGAUAAGGUAGGAAAAGAUGAGAAAACAUAAUAUAUGGGGUCUAGUUGUUUGAUUAAACUAAAUCCUGCUAAAUUAAUACAAGAUUUAGAAAAAAAGUAAGAAAGCUAUUUAAUAUGUAAUGUUUAAUUGUGA